GCUGUGUGGCCUGACUCUGAAGAAGCUGGUGGUGCUCCAGGAGCUGGAGAAGGGGCUCGUCUCGGUGGUGAUCGCCGUGAAGAUGCAGGGCUCCAAGCGCAUCCUGAGGUCCCAUGAGGUCGUGCUGCCCCCCAGUGGACAAGUGGAGACAGACCUGGCCCUGACCUUCUCGCUGCAGUACCCUCACUUCUUGAAAAGGGAAGGCAACAAGCUUCAGAUCCUGCUCCAGCGCAGGAAACGCUACAAAAACCGAACCAUCCUGGGCUACAAGACGCUCGCCGCCGGCUCCAUCAACAUGGCCGAGGUGAUGCAGCACCCGGCGGAGGGCGGCCAGGUGCUGAGCCUCUGCAGCAGCCUCAAGGAGGCCUCCAUCAAGGUGGCCGAGAUCUGGAUCGUCUCCCUGUCCAGCCAGCCCAUCGACCACGAGGACAGCGCCAUGCAGGCCGGCCCCAAGGCCAAGGCCACGGACAACUACUCUGAGGAGGAGGACGACAGCUUCUCCUCUGAGCAGGAGGCCAGUGACGAUGCCGCGCAGGGGCAGGACUUGGACGAGGACGACUUCGAAGUGGGGAAGCCCAAGAAGCAGCGCAGAUCGAUAGUAAGAACGACGUCCACAGCCAGGCAACAGAACUUCAAGCAGAAGGUUGUGGCGCUGCUGCGGAGGUUCAAGGUGUCCGACGAGGUCCUGGACUCGGAGCAGGACCCCGCGGAGCAGGCGCCUGAGGCAGAGGAGGACCUGGACCUGCUGUACGACACCCUGGACAUGGAGCACCCCAGCGACAGCGGCCCCGACCUGGAGGACGACGACAGCGUGCUCAGCACCCCGAAGCCAAAGCUCCGGCCAUACUUUGAAGGCCUGUCGCACUCCAGCUCGCAGACCGAGGUCGGCAGCACCCACAGCUCCCGGAGCCACAGGGAGCCCCCGAGCCCGGCUGAUGUGCCCGAGAAGACCAGGUCCCUGGGGGGCCGACAGCCAAGCGACAGCGUCUCGGACACAGCAUCCCUCGUCAUGCCAGCCCCCCGGGAGCCGCCAGGGCCGCCCCAGGACAGCCCAGAGGCCGAGCCUGCCCCCCUGGACGCCUUCGCCGAGAAGCUGCCACCCAGCGGCAGGAUCACCAAGACAGAGUCUCUGGUCAUCCCCUCCACCAGCCCGACACGCGCAGCCAGCUGCAGAUCCCCAGGAAGACCGUGUACGACCAGCUGAACCACAUCCUCGUCUCUGACGACCAGCUCCCUGAGAACAUCAUCCUCGUCAACACUUCUGACUGGCAGGGCCAGUUCCUCGCGGAGGCCCUGCAGAGGCACGCGCUCCCCGUGGUGUGCACCUGCUCCGCCGCGGACGUCCAGGCGGCCUUCAGCACCGUCGUCUCGCGGAUCCAGAGAUACUGCAACUGCAACUCCCAGCCCCCACCGCCCGUGAAGAUCGCCGUGGCGGGGCGCCAGCAGUACCUCAGUGCCGUGCUGCGGCUGUUCGUGGAGCAGCUGUCCCACAAGACUCCCGACUGGCUCGGCUACAUGCGCUUCCUCGUGAUCCCGCUGGGCUCCCAUCCCGUGGCCAGGUACCUGGGCUCUGUCGACUACCGCUACAACAACUUCUUCCAGGACCUGGCCUGGAGAGACCUGUUCAACAGACUGGAGGCCCAGAGUGCUGCGCAGGACACCCUGGACAUCGUGUCACGUGUCACCCAGUACAUCGCAGGGGCCAACUGCGCCCACCAGCUACCCAUCGCCGAAGCCAUGCUGACCUAUAAGCAGAAGAGGAAAAAGCACUUCCAUUUUGACUUUACCUUAAGCCCUGACGAGGAGACCUCGCAGAAGUUCAUUCCCUUUGUGGGGGUUGUCAAGGUUGGAAUUGUGGAACCGUCCUCAGCCACGUCAGGUGACUCAGACGACGCAGCCCCCUCGGGGUCUGGUGUGCUGUCCUCCACCCCCCCAUCCUCGUCUCCAGCGGCCAAGGAGGCCUCGCCCACCCCGCCCUCCUCCCCCUCAGUGAGCGGAGGCCUGUCCUCGCCCAGCCAGGGCAGCAGCGCCGAGCUGAUGGGUCUGCAGGUGGACUACUGGACGGCAGCAGCGCCCGCGGACAGGAAGAGGGACGCCGAGAAGAGGGACCUGCCCACCACCAAAAACACGCUCAAGUGCACUUUCCGGUCCCUCCAGGUCAGCAGGCUGCCCAGCAGCGGCGAGGCUGCGGCCACGCCCACCAUGUCCAUGACCGUGGUCACCAAGGAGAAGAACAAGAAGGUCAUGUUCCUGCCCAAGAAGACAAAGGACAAGGACGCGGAGUCCAGGAGCCAGCGCAUCGAAGGCAUCGGCCGCCUGAUCUGCACGGCCAGGCACCAGCAGGACGUGCUGCGGGUGCUCGUGGACGGCGUGGAGUGCAGCGACGUCAAGUUCUUCCAGCUGGCCGCCCAGUGGUCCUCCCACGUGAAACACUUCCCCAUCUGCAUCUUCGGGCACUCCAAGGCGGCCUUCUAACCCUGCCCGCCGGCCAGCGUGGACACAUGGGCCCUCGUCCCGCCCGUGGGCACCGCGCAGGGGGGUCCGCGACAUGUCCCAGCUCACUGUGCAGACAGACCUAACAGGCGCGACCUCAGUACACGUGUGCUCAAGCUUGGAAACCGACGGGGCGGUGUGCCACGCCGUGCCUGCUCUGCUUGGUAACCCUCGGUACGGCCGGAGGGCGGGUGGCCUCGGGAGCCACCCAGGCCCUCCGUGCAUGAGGGCCCCCAUGCAGGAGGCUCUUAGCGCUGUGUCUACCCUUCUUGGAAGCCAAGACUUUGCGCCCGCCUGGAGCCCGGGUCAGGCACUGGCCCACCAGGCUUGGUGGCCAGAGGCCGAGUGUCCUGGGGCACACCCAGUCUUCCAUGGGAGUGUCCUAAGUUGCAGGCAGGUCAGGUCAGGCCGCGGAGCCCUGGACCCCACCCCAGACAGGCCCCCAGCACCACCCACUCGUGGUUCCAGUCAACUCCAGCCUUGCUAGGAGGUUUUAUAGUAGCAGGUAUUUUUAAUGCUUUUAAAUACAUGUUAUAAUGUAGCCGCCAAACAGAUGUUGCUCUUCUCCAGUCCCCAGGGCUGGGCGGAGCCCCUGCCAGCCCCAGCGGUCCCUCCACAGCUCCUAACACUGGACGCCCCACAGCUGCCGCCACCCCAGGCCCAGUAAGCACAGUGGCCUCAGCCUCAGGGUCCAGGUCAGGCCGAGGCCAGCACCCAACCAGCAUACCCUGCUGUGUCACCCAGGCUGGGAUUUGGGACUGUGAUGAACGUGGGGAUGGGGGACAAGCAUGUAGCGUCACCUGCAGGAGUGGCUGUUGAGGGCUCAGUUAGGCUGACUGCACCAGAGGGGUGUGCACCGAGCAGAGGGGCAGCCAGGCAGCCCUGCAGGUCUGACCUUUCCAGGAUAGCUCCCCAGAGCACCACUGGUAAGCAGGACCCCUGAGCGGUGGCCAGCAAGAGGGGUGCCCACCAGAGCACCAGGCAGGAGGGGGCCCACCUGAGCACCAGGCAGGAGAGCUCCCACCUGAGCACCAGGCAGGAGGGGGCCCACCUGAGCACCGGGCAGGAGGGGGCCCACCUGAGCACCUGGCAGGAGGGCCCCUUGGACGAGCUGUGUCCGCAGGUCCUGGGCUGUCCGGCGCUGUGCUCAGAAAACAGCACCCAUGUAGGCAUGCCAAGGUCCUGCCACCCAUCACAGGACCCCCAGUGGGUGAGGGCACUGUGUCCCAUGUAGUCGUCCUGUGCCCCAGUGGGAGGAGGGCCUGCCUGGCAUGGCGAGGCCCUGGGCAAAGGCCUCCCAGGACAGCUGUGAGCAGGCCCUUCAGCCUCACUUGGGCCUGGGUGGGUGUGGAGGGCUCCGAGUCUGGCUUCAGGCCCUGCCCCUACCCUGGAACGGCCCUGGCCUAAGGGCCAGACUGAGGCAGCGGAGCUGAGAGCACCUACCCAGACCCUGCCAACCUGGAGGAAAGAGAGCUGAGGCCACCCUUGACUGGAGCAGGGUUUCCGCGCCGCCUGCCUGCCCAGCCUGCUGUGGGGCGGCCCUUCCUGCCCGCGCCCUGCCCCACCUGGUUGCAGGGACGCCCUCACUGGGCAGCUGGACCAUCCUCUGUCCACCAGCCAGCAGGCUGUCCAGCACCCAGACUCCCGUGGCCCACCUGCCUCCUCACGCCCUGUGCUGGGGGGUCCUGCAGACACCCCUGGCUGCACUCACCCCUCUGCCUCAGCUUCUCCACCUUAACGUUACCUGGGAUGGUUGUCCCCACCUACCUCACAGCGCUUUCCUAGACCUGGAGACACACGGUCCCUCACAGGCACGAGCCAAAGCCACCCAGCAGCCGGUGCUGCUGCCGUGGGGGUUGGCAUGUGCCCUGUGGGAUGUGGGAGGAGGUGGCCCCCUUGCAGCAGGGGGCUCAGCCUGGAGCUCAGAGUGUCAGCACCUGUCCUACCUCUGGGGCUCCAGUGGGGUGGGCAGCCCAGCCCACUGCUGCCCUCCUCCUUGGUCCCCUGGGCCGCCUCCGGCAUGCGGGCCAGUGUCGUCAUGGCCAGUGCCUGAGCUGGGGCUGCAGGGGCGGGGCACAGCCCAGCUGGGGGACUGCUCUCACUCCAGUGGGCACAUGUGCCCCGUUCUGCCCUUCACCCGCAAAGGGCAGGGCCUCCCGGCUCCUGCCGCUGCCCCAGACCCGAGCGGCCGAGGGCUGAGAGCCGGCUCCCCACCCACAGCUGGGGCCAGCCCAUGGUGUUGGGUUCUCAGCGGAAGGGCUGCUGGCCUCGGGAUGGGAACAGGGCCGAUGUAAAUAGCUUCGGGACCCAGAUUCUUGGACUGCUUCACGGUGCUGAUGCCACUAAUAAACCUGCAGGCACUCCGC